GGAAGCGGAAAGUCCGUGGAUAUGAAGAAAAGGAAAUAUGUGAGAAAACAACAGUCAAGCGAUUCAAUUUUAUCAAGAAUGUGUGUGUAAAUUUCGUACAUAUUUUUAGCAGAUUAAUUAUCCAAUCAUUGAGGGCAAGAUGAGCGCGGAGGCAGCGGAGCGGGUCAGCGCUGCCCCCGGAGGCCGCCCCAGUUCCCCGGUCCAGACCUCCUGGUUCGAGUUCCUGCUGGACGGAAGCCUGCUGGAGACGCACCUCCACAAGGCCAGCCCGGACCCCACCGCGGCCCAGCUGAUCGUCCAGUUCCUGGAGCAGGCGUCCAAGCCGUCGCUGAACGAGCAGAACCAGGUCCAGCCCCCGGUGGACAACCGCAGGAACCGCACCCUCAAGCUGCUGGCGCUCAAGAUAGCCGCCCACAUGAGAUGGGACCUGGACCUGCUGGAGAAAGGCCUGAGCAUCCCGGUGCUCAACAUGCUGCUGAAUGAGCUGCUGUGCGUCAGCAAGGUCCCCCCGGGGGUGAAGCACGUCGACCUGGACCUCUCCACCCUGCCACCCACCACCGCCAUGGCCGUGCUCAUCUACAACCGCUGGGCCAUCAGAACCAUCGUGCUGAGCAGCUUCCCAGAGAAGCAGACCAAACCCGGACCCCACCAGAUGAACAUGUUGAAUAUUAUCCAGCAGGAGAAAGAGAUGACAGAAAACAUCCUGAUUGUGCUGAAGGAGCAGUCGGCGGACUCCAUCAGCGUGCUGGAGGGCGCCCUGCGGCUCCACAAGGACUUCUACGUGCACAACGUGCGCACGCUGGACCUGCUGGGCGCCGACGCCGCCGGCACCGCCAACGGGGAGACGGAGGCGUCGACCGCGGGGCUCCGCAUCAGCGCCCACGAGCUGCACUGCCAGGUCCGCUACGACCUGGGCGGGAUCUACUUCCAGCAGGGCUGCACUGACCAGGGGGCCUACGGGAAGGCCAUGGAGCACUUCAGACUGACCCGGGACCUCCUACAGAAGCUUGGCUCCUCCCUCCAUGUCCACCUGGAUGAGAAGCGAUUGGCCGGCUACUGGAAUGCCUGCCGGGCGCUAACCGGAACCCUGGGCCCCGCCGACGCCACGGCAACGCCCUACGGCCAGAUCAACAGCCUCAUCAGGACCCACAACCACCAGGCUCUGGUGGAGGCCUUCAUCCAGGACAACACCAGCCACAGUUUACCGAACCACCUCAGACAGUCUGUCCUCCGAGAGUACCUCCACAAAGCCCAGCAAGGGGAGCGGGGUCUGGACGACGUGUGCCAACAGCUGUGCGUUUGUAACGCGGUGCGGGACGCGCUGCAAGGGGAGGGGCUUAGCGUGCGCUUCCACCAGCUGCUGCUGAAGCCCAGCAAGCGGCUGGUGGACUUCAUCCUGGAGGUGUGCACGCGGUCCCUGGAGAAGGACCGGCCCUCCGAGACGUCUCGGCAGAACAUGGCCAACUUCAUGAAGACCCUGUGUGAGAGCCUGGAGGAGCUGCCUCUGGUGUUCGUGGUGUCCUCCCACAAGCUGUUCAUGGAGCUGCUGCGGGAGGAGGAGCGCAAGGUGCUGGUGGAGCAGAUGAGGAAGAGGUCGGCCACCAUCAACCUCAGUGCCAAGCCCCUGCCCUCCUUCUACGACAUCCCAGCCUCGGCCAGUGUGAGCAUCGGGCAGCUGGAGCAGCAGCUCAUCCUGUCCCUGGAGCCACGCAGGGUGCGUCAGAUCCUGAUCGAGGUCCACGGCAUGGCCCAGAGGCACUUCUGGAGGAUCAACAGCAAGUGGGAGGUCCCCCCGGACUACAUCAACGUGAUCCUGGGCAUCAAAGACCCCCUGACUAAAGACCUGGUGUACAUACUGAUGGCCAAGGGUCUCCACUGCAUCACCAUAAAGGACUUCGGCCACGCCCGGCAGCUGUUCUCGGCGUGCCUGGAGCUGGUGACGGAGUUCUCCCCGCGGCUGCGGCAGGUGAUGCUGAACGAGAUGCUGCUGCUGGAGGUGCGCGCCCACGAGACGCUGGCCGCCGACGGCUGCCGAGACCGGCCCUCCUCCGACCUGGUGAGCCGGGUCCGCGGGUACCUGGAGAUGAGGAUCCACGACCUCCCCCUGAGGCAGGUGGUGGGGGAGGAGUGCGUGGCCUUCAUGCUGAACUGGCGGGAGAACGACUACCUGACCCUUCAGGUGCCCCCCCCCCUGGUCCAGAGCAACCCCUACAUCAAGCUGGGUCAGCUGCUGGCCUCCACCUGCAAGGAGCUCCCGGGGCCUAAAGAGAGCCGGCGCACGGCCAAGGAGCUGUGGGAGGUGGUGGUGCAGAUCUGCAGCAUGUCCACGCAGCACAAGAGGAACAACGACGGCCGCAUGGGCCUCAUCAAGCACCGCGAGUCCAGCAUGGGCAUCAUGCAGCGGAGCAAGUUCAUCACUUUUGUCAAGAAGCUGAGGGAGCCGCUGGUUCUGACUGCACUCAUCUCCCUGUUCGUCAAGCUCCAUAGCAUCGUGCGGGAUGACAUUGUGAAUGAAGUCACAGCAGAACACCUCACUAUCUGGCCCUCCUCCAUACUCAACAUGCAGGCGGUGGACGUGGAGGCGGUGGCGGUGACGGUGAAGGAGCUGGUCUCCUACGCCCUCACCCUCAACCCCAACAACCAGUCCUGGCUCAUCACCCAGGCGGACAUCUACUUCGUGACCAGUCAGUACUCGGCCGCUCUGCACUUCUACCUGCAGGCGGGGGUCGUGUGUUCGGACUUCUUCACCAGGCCCGUACCCCCCGAGGUCUACAACGACCAGGUGCUGAAGAGGAUGAUCAAGUGCUGCUCCAUGAUGAACUGUCAUACCCAGGUCGCGGUUCUCUGCCAGUUCCUCAGAGAAACGGACUACAUGACGGCAUUCAAAGCUCUUCAGGAGCAGAACGGUCACGAUGCCAUGGACUCCUUCUACGACUACAUCUGGGACGUCACCAUCCUGGAGUACCUCACACACAUUCAUCACAAACGAGGGGAGAGUGAGAAGAGACAGAUAGCAAUUAAAGCAAUUGGCCAGGCAGAGCUCAAUACCAGUAACCCAGAGGAAGUGUUGCAGUUAGCAGCGCAGAAACGAAAGAAGCGGUUCCUACAAGCCAUGGCUAAACUCUACUUCUAACCGCCACUUGAACACUCGACUCACAAACCAACAAGUUUUGUCAUAGAAAAAUAAACCUUUUUUAAAUGCA